GAAACUGUCAUCUACAUCGUUCACCAUUUAUUUAUCUAUAUAAAAAUACCAAGAUUCUUUAAGUAUUUGUCGUAUAAGAGAUAUGAAUGAGGACCACUUCGUUCUCUCUCGAGGUCCUGGCCCUGCUGUUCCUGACGCUGAUCCCGUGGCCGGGGCCGUCCGUGUUCAAGAUCACCUGCUCACGUGACAACUCCAAAAUCGUACGGAAGGUCAUCCAGAACAAAUGGCUCCCCGUUUUAGAAAGGUUUCAAGUAAAGCUGCCUCUGGAGUGUCCGUUCCACCCCGCGCGCGACAUAUUCGCGCCGCAGCACGACGCCAAGAUGCAGCACCGGCCCUCGCAGUGGACCUGCGCCUUCUGCGGCAAGUCCUUCUACGAGGAGCGACACCUCGACACACAUUUCGACCAGCGACACAAGAACCAGAUUAACAGGGCGGAGGACGCAGUAUGCCUAGCGGAAUACUGCGAUAUAAUGCGAUGCCAAGUGCUGGUAGCGCAUGGGCUGCUAAACGGCGGCGGCGGGCCUAGCACAGACAUGGAAGUGUGGCAAGACGCGGAGGCCGCGCGCAAGGCGCUAGCGCCGGCCGCGCCGCGGUCCGUGGCCCGCGUCCCCGCGCGGAGGCGCCGCCCGCGCACCGCGCAGCCGCAUCUUGUGAGGGACUGUCCGUCGACUGAAGUCGAUCCUGAUAUUGUAGAGCCAGAAGAGAAACGCACAGAGGACAGCGAAGGUGACGCGAAUCAGACCUCUGAGCUGUGCGACGCGGACACGGUGGAGUCCUCUCUACCGCCCGACAGCAGGCAGCGGCGGUUGGCCGAUCUACAGGCUGAACGUGCUGCCUGCGACCCCGCGCGGCUGCAGCUACUCAAAGUGCGGUGCGAGCGAGUGGUUCAUUCCUGCAUCGCCACUUUGUUGUUGCAUCUUACGCAACACCAGUUUACAGAACUUGAAGAUGAAAUACAGCGCGCCGUAUGCUGGUACCUGAGCUGCGAUCGCUACUGGGAGGACACGGCGCCCACCGCGCGUGCCUUCCCCUGGCCUCUGCUGCUGGCGCUAGCCACCGGGCUUGCGCUAGCGCUGUGCAUGUGCUACUAUAUAAUCUGGAUCGUGUUCGAUUCAGAAGAAGGCAGCGUAGCAGGCAGUGCGUCCGUGUCCAUGACGACGCACUCGUCGCCGGCGCGCGCCGAGCGGCUGGCGGCCGAGGAGGCGCUGCUGGACGACCCGGAGCACGACGACCACUACAUCUACGUCACCUACCCGCCCGAGCUCAAGCGCCGUCUGCUCGAGAGCUGCUACAAUAGAACAACUCGCCUCUGAGACCCGACGUGUCCUUACUUCGUCGCGCAUGCACCUUAUUUGUAUGAAGAAAGUAGAUUAUUAGUGUGUAGAUAUUAUUAGUAAUACUCAGGAAAAUCCCAAUAGCAUUACCCCUUCAUACCAUAAAGGAGUCCGAACUUUGUGUACCUCUUGGUAUCUACUGUUCAUAAUGCUGUUUGAUGUCCAAUUCGCAGCGUAGCAAUAAGUGACUAUACACCUUUACGUAGCCAACCAAUUUCAUGGAGACAUCGUCGAUUACGCAAAACUUACCUACUGUGCUAUCUGAUCAAACCUUACAUUGUAACUAAGUAUUUAAUUUAGAUAGACAUAUGUUUCAAAGGAUUUAUAAUAGAAGUCUUUUAGAUUUUUAUUUUACAUAUAGUGAUUAGUUGUUGCCUGUUUUUGUUUUGAGUUAUUUAGUGAAUAGUAAGGGAAGUUACAGUUAAGUUAACACGAUUACUUUUACGGGUACCUAAUAUAACACGGUGAGCAGAUGUGCCCAUAUUAGUCUCUAUUACAUUGUUAUUUAGGUUUUUAUGAAAUCUUGGGACCUCAAUAUUCGGUUUAUAAAUGAUUGUAAAUACAUUAUGUAACGCAAUAUUAAGUUGAAUCGCAAUAUAUAAUGUGACGUGAUAUCGCUGACAAAACUAUGUACCUACCUAAAUACCAUAAUACUCUAUUAUAGUUAACGCAUAGUUCAUAGUUUAAGAUAUCGGUGACUAAAUUUCUGAUUUUAUUAAACUUUUUUUUACCCAAGUUUACCAUAAACCUGGUUUAAGGAAUUUGAAAAUUAAGUACCUAACUGUAAUUUGAUAUUACAAAUCAACCUAGGCUCCUGGAUCCACGCAUGAAGUGAAGUUAACCAAAAUACCGUAAUGAAAACCAUAAUAUCUAAUAACAACAAACAAAUGAUUAAGAUUUGUGGACUAAAGUCAAGAAGAUACUUUAAAAUGACAGAGAAUAACCAUUAACCAUGAAGCUAAUAUUAUCGCCUUAUCGUGCGUACCGAUUGUGCGGUAUUCUGUACCUUGCCUGUUAGUCAUAAGUCCAUAGUAGGUACAUAAUGUAUAGAAUAAAACCUGCUGCAAAUUGUAAAUAAGCUAUAUUUUUUCCAAUUAUUGUAACUAGAAUAUUGAUUACCAUACAAUUGAUAGAUCGGGCGACUCUUAUGUAGAAAUACCCUUACGCUGCAGAAAUAAUUAACUGGGUUAUGUGGGGAAGAGAAUCGUAAUUUAUUUUUCCCCUCACUAGCUCGGAAACACGUGUUUUGUCCUUUAAUACUAGCGGGUAAAAACGCAUUUUAUCCACUAGUGGGUAAAGUAAUUU